AUGUCGGAAACAACACGACAAGAACGUGAUACGAUGCCUUUGAGGCACGAUGAAGAACUGCAGGACAACCCUGUUGAAGAAAAACCAACACCUCUUCCUAUCUCACAGUUGUUGUGCGUCUACCUUAUUCAGUUUGCGGAGCCCAUCACCGCCACGGUCAUCUACCCGUUUGUCAACGAAUUCGUGAGGAAGACUGGGAUAACAAAUGGCGACGAGGGAAAGACAGGAUAUUAUGCAGGAAUCAUAGAAUCUGCUUUCUUUAUGGCAGAGUGCUUGAGUGUCGUUCAGUGGGGCUACCUCUCUGACCGUUAUGGUCGUAGGCCAAUCUUGCUCUGUGCUCCGGUGGGAUUGUCCCUGGCUAUGCUUUUGUUUGGUUCAUCCACUACCUUUUGGUCUCUUGUCGCAUCCCGUUGUUUGCAAGGCAUUUUCAAUGGCAAUAUUGGGGUUGCGAAAAGCGUUAUUGCCGAGAUGACAGAUAAUUCGAACAGGGCCGAUGCAUAUGGGUUCAUGCCAAUGAUUUGGAAUUUUGGUGUUACAAUUGGACCGAUCACGGGUGGAGUCCUGUCAAACGCUGGAAAGCGCUGGCCCACCACAUUAGGUCGCAUCGCUUUCAUUCGGACACAUCCUUACUUCCUUCCUUGUUUUGUUUGCGCUAUUUUUGUAUUUUUGACUUUUAUUUACGCCUUUCUCACACUCAAAGAGACCUUACCAUCUAUUGUGGAGAAACAAAGACAACAGAAUUCGUCACCUGAAAGCCGACUCCUUGACCAUGGUGAUACCAUGAACUAUGGCACAAACACAUCGGACAAUUCGUCCUCUACUUCAUCCGUCACUGAAGAUUCUUCAGCCCGCCCAACGAACAUUGGCUUUCGUGCAGUCGCGGAUCGUGGUGUCCUGACCACCAUGCUUAAUCAGACCUUCUUGACAUUUAUGGAUAUGUGCAAUUUUGCUCUUCUGCCUUUGAUGUACUCCACGCCCCUUGAAUAUGGCGGUCUCGGCAUGGAUCCUUUCCGAAUUGGUGUGAUACUUGGCUCGUUUGGGUUCUUCAAUGCUUUUUUCCAGGCGAUCUUUUUUGCGCGUUGCGUCAGAAGAUUUGGUGUUCACAAACUGUACACUUUCUCAUUCUCAACUUUGUUGAUUUGCUUUGGAAUGUAUCCUGUCACGAAGUACUUUGCUCAACGGGCGCAAGGUGUCGACAACCUCGUCAUGGCGUGUAUAUUCUUUCAGCUGACUGCGCAGACGGCGAUAUCGAUGGCAUACGGAUCUAUGCAAAUUCUGAUCAUCGAUUGCAUACCUCCAGGCGGCACCAUGGGCAUCAUCAACGGCGUCGCCCAGAUGAUCGGCUCUGGAAUGAGAACUGUCGCGCCUACUUACGCCGCCUCGUUAUUUGCGUUCUCGAUCGGCCAUAACUUGGCGUCCGGUAAUCUGGUCUACUUCAUCCUCAUUGGGAUGACGAUAGCAGGAAUUUGUUGCACCCGACUUCUGGAGGUUAAACCUCAGCAACGGAAUGGUUGA